AUGAUUUCUUUUUUGCUUGCUCUUAAGGCUGAGGACCUUUUUCUGGAAGAAGUAUUCCAUGACCCUAUUAUAUUUCCUGUAAAGUAUUCUAUUCAUGAUGUAGUUAAAAGGAACUGCGAAGUAAAUUUAGAUGAACAAACAAUAAGUUGUCCUACAGGCACUGAAGCCAGAAAUGCCGCAUAUGUAUCAACAACAUUAACCAAUAUGCCCCCAGGAUACUUCGGAAUCUUGAAUUUUACAGGAAAUUCUUUAAUUAACAACCCCAAUCAAACAAUUCAAAUCGAAGUAAAGUCAAAUGGUUUGUCACCAAGUUACUUUUUCAAACCCGAUGGAAAGGAGUAUACAACUACAGUUAUUCCAAUUGUGAAUGAUACAUUCGUCAGAGUUUUCUUUAUUUCGAAAAAUGGGGAAAGUAUAUUUAAGAUACCAGAACUUAGAUUCAUUUGCAAAAACAUUGAAAGAAAAGUUUACGGAAAACCGAAAUUAGAUAAAAUUGAAAAAAACGUAUAUCGUGCUUCAGUUGAAAUAACACCGGCAGACAAGUUAUAUAUACAGACUCUGUUUAUUCCAAACAGUUUUGAUUUGCCAAGUACAAUGUAUCGAUAUAAUUAUCCGAUUCAAGAUGCAAAAACUGACAUAAUGGUUCUUCCUGUUUUAGCAAAUGAAUCUAUUAUUAUUGGUUAUGAUAUAUGA